UGUCAUUUAUUAUCGCAAGGAUCUUUGCAUCUCCGAAACCCGAAAUUCGCCCUCAACCAUGACUACACAAGCGCAAGCACAAGCACAGGCACAACCACACCAGAUCCAAGUCCACACAACAACACACCGUUACGAAACUGGCGUUACCCCACCGCGAUAUGAAGGCGGCGUCGCCCUACCGCGAUAUGAAGGUGGCGUCAACACUACCCUUUACCCUGAAGGUAAGGGUCCAUCAACCUCUCAAGUCCUCGCCGUUAUCGCCGGCCUUCCACUCGGCGGCACGCUCCUUAUUCUGGCGGGACUUACUCUCGCUGGAACCCUCACUGGGCUGGCGGUGACCACCCCGCUUUUCAUCCUCUGCAGCCCAGUUCUGGUUCCGGCCACUAUCGUCAUCGGUCUCGCCGUGGCGGGGUUUCUGACGUCGGGAGCUUGCGGGCUGACGGCGCUGUCCUCCUUCUCCUGGGUCUUGAAUUACAUAAGGCAGACGCAGGGGACGGUGCCUGAGCAAUUGGAAGCGGCGAAGCAGAAGAUGGCGGAUGCAGCCGGUUACGUGGGGCAGAAGACAAAGGAGGUGGGGCAGAAGACCAAAGAGGUUGGGCAAGAUAUACAGAAUAAGGCUCAGGAUACAAAGAGAACAACAACAACGACGACAAUAUGA